AUGGCAGACCAGACUGCCUCUCAACGACUAAAACAGAUACAAGGCUUCUUGUCCCAGGAUCCCGACAAGAAGCCGGAGGAGAUCAUGUGGCCAGUCCUUCCAGCUCGAGCUGGAUAUCUGGCAUUGAAAAAUGGCCGCCGCCGAAAUGCACUCUCUCUUGCAAUAUUGAGAGACUUACGAGAUCAACUUCACAAGCACAACAGAUCGCCCGUAGACGGGAAGAUUAGAAUACUUCCGCCCUUCAAGCCGGAAAUUCUCUGUGACCUCGAACGAGCGAUCAAGGACGAUAAAUCAGAAGCCAAGGAGACGUACGGCUGGCUUCUUGAUUCUCAGCAAUGGCAAGAGCAUCGACAAGGUCUUCCUAGUGUGAUUGUGCUUCGCAGCGAAGGGCCUGUCUUUUCAUCCGGUCACGACCUUGGAGAAUUACGGACAUUGAGUCAUGAUGAGGUCAAGGAGACAUUUGCUCUGUGCGCAGAAGUCAUGUCGCUCAUCCGUCGAUCGCCAGCACCAGUCGUGGGUGUGAUUCAAGGGCUGGCCACUGCGGCGGGGGCACAACUCGCACUAACGACAGAUCUACCCAUUGCUUGUGCAUCAACGCAGUUCCGUCUUCCGGGGGCGACUAUGGGACUGCCCUGUACAUCGCCUUCUACUGCUGUAUCUCGCAAGCUCGGGUCCGCAUUCACAUACCGGAUGCUUGCACUGGCCGAGUCACAUCGAGCGGAUCAACUCCCUCCCGGUGCGGUCGAGAUUGUGGAAAAUGAAGGCGCUCUUGACAAGAGAGUAGCCGAGAUAGUGUCUCAGCUUUCGGAACGCACUGCUGGGCAGCCUCAAGCAUUAGGGAAGUGGGCUUACUGGACUCAGCUGGGCUACAACGGGACUGGCUCAGGAGCAGGUGGCGAUGGGUAUGAAGAUGCUGUAGCAUGGUCUGGACGAGUAAUGGCUCUCCAUGCUAAGUCCGACGAUGCUAGGGAAGGCAUGAAAGCAUUUUUCGAAAAGAGGCCCCCAGAGUGGAAGACUUGA